AUGUUACUGAACACGUGUGCUAAACCCUUUACUUUAUUAGUUCCUUAUUUUUAUCAUGGUUCCAGGAAAUUGUCAUCUCUCCUUGGUGAAAUGACCAAUGUUCAGGACUUGCCUAUUGAUAUUCAUAGUGGCAAGCUUUUGGACUGGCUGAUUAGUCGACGACAUUGUCAGAAGGAUUGGCAGAAAAAUGUGCUUGUUAUUCGCGAGAAAAUCAAACAUGCCAUUUUGGAUAUGCCGGAGUCAGAUGAAGUAGUGAAAUUGCUUCAGGGAAGCUGUGACUUGCCUUUUGCAGAUAUAAACUAUUUCCACUGCCAACGAAUAAUUGAGAUCUUGCGUGAAACUGAGAAGGAUACAAAGAAUUUUUUGGGCUUCUAUUCAUCACAGCGAAUGAAGGAUUGGCAGGCUAAAUACUCACCUCGCGCUUUUCCUGUGGAACCCUAG